GGACGGGAGCUCUCCCCAACCAGAACGCACGCAUGCGCGCGUGUGAGUGUGACUGGGAGGGAGUCAUUCAUUCAUUUAAUUGAAUACUCCCUGCGGCAGUGGCUCUCAUCAAGGCACGAGGCACGGAGCGGAGCUCACCUCGGGGGGUGUGGGGGGAAUAAUGUCCCCUGGCUGGGAGCUGACGGGUCCUGGCAGCGCUGGUUCGUUCGGGAGAGGGCAGAGGCCGCUGGCUGCCAAGUCUGGGGAGGCUGGGACCUCCCCUGCCUGAGUUACGAGCGUGCAAAGUCGGGCUGGAGCCGCCGUUAAAAACGAAACUGAUGUGGAGCACCGUGCCUCGGGGUGAAUUACGUCUCUCUCCUCGCGCUUUCUUCCCAUGGGCGGUCGCAAGCCAAGGUGGUUGUUGUGGAUCUGAUAAAAAGAACUACACAGUUGGAGGAUGGGUGUGGGCGUGGUGGCUUCUCACAGACAUCCAAAAGAUAACACUAGAGAUUAUGACCCUGCAGCCCAAGUGUGAGGAUGUUGAGACAGCGGAGGGGGUAGCGCUUACAGUCACAGGGGUGGCACAGGUCAAGGUAAUGACAGACCCCGAGCUCCUCUCUCUUGCCUGUGAACAGUUCCUGGGUAAAUCAGUGCUGGAAAUUAAGGGGGUCAUUCUGCAGACACUGGAGGGUCAUCUGCGCUCCAUUUUGGGCACUCUGACAGUGGAGCAGAUUUACCAGGACCGAGAUCAGUUUGCCAGCCUGGUGAGGGAAGUGGCAGCUCCUGAUGUGGGUAGGAUGGGUAUUGAGAUUCUCAGCUUCACUAUUAAGGAUGUCUAUGAUAAAGUGGAUUAUCUAAGUUCGUUGGGAAAGACCCAGACAGCAGCUGUGCAGAGAGACGCAGACAUUGGCGUAGCGGAGUCGGAGAGAGACGCUGGAAUCAGGGAAGCAGAAUGCAAGAAGGAAAUGAUGGACGUUAAGUUCCUGGCAGACACUAAAAUGGCUGACUCAAAGCGAGAGCUGGAGAUGCAGAAAGCUGCCUUCAACCAGGAAGUCAAUACGAAGAAAGCCGAGGCUCAGUUGGCGUACGAGCUGCAGGCAGCUAAGGAGCAGCAGAAGAUCCGUUUAGAGGAGAUGGAGAUCGAAGUGGUGCAGAGAAAGAAACAGAUCACCAUUGAGGAGAAAGAAAUCAUCCGGACAGACAAGGAGCUGAUCGCGAUAGUGAAGAGGCCUGCUGAGGCCGAGGCCUACAAGAUGCAGCAGCUGGCUGAAGGACAAAAGGUGAAGAAAGUGCUGACGGCGCAGGCUGAAGCAGAGAUGAUCAAGAAGAUUGGAGAAGCUGAAGCAGCCUCCAUUGAAGCUGUGGGCAAAGCUGAAGCCGAGAAGAUGAAGCUCAAAGCUCAAGCUUACCAACAGUACGGAGAAGCAGCAAAAACCGCACUGGUCCUGGAGGCACUGCCGAAGAUUGCUGGAAAGGUGGCGGCUCCCUUGGGCAGGACCAAUGAGAUCGUCAUUCUGAGUGGCGAGGGCAACCGUGUGACCGGUGAAGUGAAUCGUCUGUUGGCUGAGCUCCCGGUUUCAGUUAACGCCCUCACAGGAGUCGACCUGUCGAAGAUACCUUUGUUGCAGAAAAUGACCAGUGCUCACGCAUGAAGAUUCUUCACUCUUUGGCCUUUUAGACACUGUUUAACUGCCCUUUUCAAUGCCUUACCAGGAUAUCAUUUCGUCCUGGCUGAAAGUACAGGUGUUAUUUUAUCCUUAGUGCCAUCUAUGUGUCGGACCAGACUGUGCCCGCUGUUUAGAAUUUCCCGUGAUACUCUUCAUCCUCUUUACUGGUGUUCGUUUUAUACCACCUGAACGGUGAAGUUAUAAACCAGUACUUGCAUUUGCGAGUUAAUCUUGUAAAGAUUGAGCAAUUGCACUUGAGAGAGUGUCCCAUCUGUGUUCAGUUUCGAACAUUUUUAUCUUUUGACCUACAUGAGUUAAUAAGAGUUAUAAUAACUGGCAUGUCAGAAAAGAGGUGGGGGUUUUUUUGUUUUUUUUUUUUUACUUUUGAGUUUACACUUGAAUAAGGGAAUAACCUCAGCUCUUACACUAGCACCUGUUCAACUAAACCACAUCAGAUUCAUUCAGGUGUGAAAAGGCGCACCGAUUUAUUUUUGCUCAGUUUUCUUUUGCCCGUUUUUGCAUUUUAAAAGUGCGUUAUCGGAUUACGACGGAUAAAUCUUUGUAACUAAAAUGCAAUAUUAUAAAUAUGCAUACAUAAUGGUCUGUUGUAAAGCGAAACUCCAAAUUCUACCAUUUCUCAAAUUUAUGUAAAUUGAUGUCACUCGAGGUCACAUAUGUAUUAUAGAUAUAUUUAGCUGUUUAACUGUCGUUUUAGCUACAAGUAAUCGCCAAAUGUGUCAUCUGUAGACUGACGAUCUGUCCAGCAUGUAUCCUGCCUGUCGCCCAAUGUCAGCUGGGACUGGCUCCAGCCCACCCACGACCCGCAAAGGAUAACCAGUAUAGAAAAUGAAAUGAAAUGAAUGUAUCUACUGCCUAAAUUAGCUAAAGUACAUCUAUAUACAAUUUUAUUAUAAUAAACUAAAUCAAUCUUUUAAUUUCCUUUGAGUUUGACUUGUAUUAGUACAUAAACAGUUACUAUUUUGUGUCCUCGUUCUUUCACGUCGAUGUUAUGUUCAAAGUAAGCGUCAGGGUUAAACAACGCUAGGACAAGGAUGCUGUGUGUGAAACAGCCUUGAAGCGAUUUGUUUAGUUUGUUGCGGAGUAUUGCAAAAAUGAGUAUCAUAUAUGUUUUGUGCUAAAUGUUUGCGAUCUGUGUGCUGUGGUCCUGUGGUUUAAUGUGAAAGAUAUACAGUGCACCCUGUGCAGUUAAUUGACUAAGUGUUGAAUUUUAACCAAUCCGCAUACUGUGUUGGCAAAUUUGGGAGAGAAAACACAGCCCUUGGAGAGUUCUGCAGCGUAGAGAUUCCGUCACAGCCCGAGUGGGACCCGGUAUCGGUUCAUCGUUUUGUUCUUUUUCAGUUCAGUCAAGACCUGAAGCAGGUAAUGUUUUAAAAGGUGUAAUGGAUCUAAUGGUCUUUAUAAUCUUUCUGUAUGUACAUUGUUCUGCAAACAUGUUGCUGUUCUAAAUGAUGUUCAGGACAUAUUUAGGUCAGUACAAUACUUUUGAUUUCGACGCUGUGAGAAUUAUAAUUAAAUUAAUGAAUAGAAAUUGAAAGUUGACAUGCCAAAAUGCUGAAAAGGCUGCACGUUUUUUUCCCUUUUCUCCUGGAAAUUGUUUGGGAAUCUUAUCAUUUAAUUCGAACAUUUACAUUUCAACCAGCUACGUCAGGUAUUUCUAACCUUUGCUUGUUAUUUCAAAUCAAUACUAACGGAAUGAAACUAUACCUAUAAAUAUCUGACCAAUAUAGCUGUGUCUGAAAUGUAUGAAACGCUGUAUAAAAGGCAAGAAAGACGAUGGAAUAUUUUGUAAUAAUCAUACCUUGUUAAACACGACUCACAAACUGAUGCUUUUAACUCCAUUAACUAUAUCCUACCUUGAGCUUGUUUAGCUAAUGCUGAGAUGUCAAAAUGUGAAAUGCCUUUCGCUACUGUAUACCUGUACCUCACCCAUACCGAAAGAUUUAAUACAAGAAUUUAUGUAGAAACGCAUCUAAUGAGAAUAAAAUGCUUGCCAGAAA